CUCUAGUGCAGAUAUGAGGGGCACGGUGCUCACACUCUCCCUGUGGGGCCGCACGUAGCCUGCUUGCCCACACACAGACCUUGCUUGCCAACACACAGACCCUGAUAGCUGGCUGGGAGUUUGUGGCUUGUACAAAGCAUGGCUGCCGGCUGGGCUCCGCCUCGGUUGGAAGACUUUAUACUGACGGAAAAACUGGGCAGUGGGUCAUAUGCCACCGUCUACAAGGCGUACAGGAAGAGAAACUCUCGAGAAGUCGUGGCCAUUAAAUGUGUUAGCAAGAAAAGUCUGAACAAAGCAGCAGUAGAGAAUCUUUUAACUGAGAUUGAAAUUCUGAAGACCGUUCAUCAUCCACACAUUCUUGAACUAAAGGACUUUCAGUGGGACCAAGACUACAUAUUUUUAAUAACAGAGUACUGUGCUGGGGGGGACUUGUCUCGCUUUAUCAGGACACGAAGAAUUCUCCCUGAGAGGGUUGUGCAAAUUUUCUUACAACAACUUGCUAGCGCUUUGAAAUUUCUGCAUGAGGGGAACAUUUCCCACUUGGACUUAAAACCUCAGAAUAUCCUUCUGAGCAGGUUGGAUAGGCCUCACCUCAAACUUGCUGAUUUUGGCUUUGCUCAGCAUAUGUCAUCUGAUGAUGCACCUCAGGCCCUUAGGGGAUCACCUCUUUACAUGGCUCCUGAGAUGGUGUGCAGCAGGCACUAUGAUGCCCGUGUAGAUUUGUGGUCUGUUGGGGUGAUACUAUAUGAAGCAUUAUUUGGGAAACCACCAUUUGCAUCAAAAUCAUUCUCUGAGCUGGAGGAGAAGAUAUGCAGCCACAAGACAAUAGAGCUCCCCACUAGACCACGUUUAUCUUCUGAAUGUCGGAAUCUACUACAGCGACUCCUGCAGAGAGACCCUGACAAGAGAAUCUCAUUUGUGGAAUUCUUCACUCACCCUUUUGUGGAUUUGGAGCACAUGCCUUCUGCAGAGUCCCUGGAGAAAGCUACUAGACUAGUUGUAGAAGCAGUGGAGAAGGAUAGUUCUGGUGAACACUCAGCUGCCCUCACCUUAUACAGCAGAGCCCUGGAGUAUUUUAUACCUGCACUGCACUAUGAAUCAGAUGUCAGGCGGAAAGAAGCAAUAAGAUCGAAGGUCUGUCAGUACAUUUCCAGAGCAGAAGAACUGAAGGUGCUGGUAUCUUCCAAUAACAAGACUCUCCUGAUGCAGGGCAUCUCAGGUUGGGAACUUCUAAAAGGUGGGCGCCAGAGUAAAGAACAUUGUGUUUUGUUCUUACUCUUUUCUGUUAUUGCUUUUAUUUAUUUAUGCUGCAGUUUAUUUUGUUUCCUUGUUUUACUUCUAAUAAGUAACUAUGAGCGCAGAAGCUUAAAGGAGAAGGAAAGGCUACUAAAGAGUUAAUCUCAAGCUGCAGGCAUACCUUCAGUUGUCUCAAUAGUGCCCUUAAGUCUCCCCAUAUUUCUCCCGUUCAGAUGAUCAGAAGCCAAACAGGAAGAAAAAAUGCUGAGCUGUGUAAAGAAAGUUCCCAUAAUGCCUCCCUCCUGCACAGACACCCAGACCAAGUGAACAUGCUUAGUUUGUAAGACAGCUUCCUGCUGAUUGGCUUAGAUCCACAUUCCUAAGGGGGGGAGUGAGUUCUUAGCAUUCUUGAGGGAAGGGGGAGCAAGAGAGGGGAGAAAGAGAAAGCUGCUGUCUCUGGCACAUGAAUUACUGACAAAAGAAAUCUUUUGACAGAGAAGUCAAAGCAGCAUUUCUGAGUAUUUACAUAGACCUUUCUGAUAAAGCUUACUUAGUUUUUACCUUUCCUUCUACUUUAAAUUGUUAAAGAGGCAUUAAAGGACCUAUUCAGUAUAAAACUGGACCUGGUUUAAUAAGCUAUGUAAAAUAAUAAAUGUUUUCAAUAGAUAGGUAGCAAAAAAUGUAAUCUAAAAAGUCUGGAGUGAUUGCAUGUCUAAUGUAAUGGUCAGAACACAACUUCCUCCUUUGCAGCUCUCUAACCUAUUACCAGUCAUUAACCAAUCAGUGACUUGAGGGUGGGGGGCAUAGGGGACAUGUUCAGUUAGUUUGCUAUUGAAUCUGACCUGGAUCAAAAGCAAACUAAAUCAACAGUUAUGUCCCUUGCACCCCCCCCCCCCCCCAAGUCACUGACUAAAUAAGAGGUUAGAGAGCUGCAAAGGAAGUAGUCUGGCUAUUAUGUUAUACAUCAGCUCAUUCCAGCAUUUGUAGAUUACAUUUUUGGCUACAUUUUGCACAAACAUUUAUUACAAUUUAUUAAUAAAAAUUCCUCUUACAAGUGUCGAAGCGCAAUAAGCGUGUGAAACAAAUAGUAAGGCCCAACGCUUUUAUCAAUCGCAUGACUUCCUCAGCGGAAUGCCCCACUAUUCUUAUGUGUACAUUUUGCACAACCCUUAUCUUUUGUUCUCUGUUUUGUUUUUGCACUGAACUGUUCAUAUAUAUAUAUAUAUAUAUAUAUAUAUAUAUAUAUCUCAAUCCAAAUGGUGUCCGCACUCCAAGGCUCAAUAUUCUGCGGGGUGCUUAGCCAAAAUUGUGUAUGCAUAGAAAAUAAUCAUCUGUGGCCAGCACACCCUUCAAUGUUUCACCAAAAUUUUUUUUAUUGCAGAUAUAUUGUUAAAACCAACGUUUCGGUCCUUGUUAGGACCUUUCUCAAGGACUUUCUCACUGAACUGUUCAUAUAUAUAUAUAUAUAUAUAUAUAUAUAUAUAUAUAUAUAUAUAUAUAUAUAUAAUAUUGCAUUGCAACUGUCUUGUUUGUUAUAUUUUGUACCACCAUCUUUUAUUUUGCAUGGAGUAAGAAAUGGCGCAGGACAAACCACGACUCUUCUCUGCUUUGGAGGUGGCCUCAGCUGCAGUUGCGAAAGAUGAGGAGGGCUGUGCUAGUGAUGCCCUGGACCUUUACCAACAGAGCCUUGGUGAACUCCUGCUAAUGUUAUCAGCAGAAUCACCUGGAAGAAGAAGGGAGUUAUUGCAUGCUGAGAUACAAACAAUAAUGGGGCGUGCAGAAUUUUUAAAGGAGCAGAUGAAAACCUCUCAGUGGAAAUCGGAAUCUCUGGGACAAGAGGUGCUAUCAGAGUCUGUCCGUAACUCUUGUUCCCUGCAGUGAAAUCUUUGUGCAUAUACACUGACUGUUCACCCAAGGUGAUACUAUAUGUCUGUCUGUCUAAAUUAUUACAUAUUAAAUUAUUUUCUUCUC